AUGGCGACAAGCACCAAACCCAAAAUCAAUCUAAUAAAACGCAAGAUUGUCAACUAUACAUUUUCGCUUUCGUUUUGUUUGUUUUGUCGUACGAAUAUGUUACAAUGUCUUUUUGUUGACAAUGAUGACUUUCAAUUAUAUACAACUCUUCAACAUUCCCCUUAUCUUGAAAAAACUCGUUUUGUUCUUCCCGAGCCGAUCCAGACGUGUAGUUAUGAUCACACUUAUUUUUGUUAUUCUCCACUUGAUAUUCCCACCAAAGUUUUUGUUUUUUCUGAAAAAACGAAUUUUUCGGUUGAUUGUAGUGACGUAGUGAUUUCUAUAAACAUUUAUAAAGGGAAUCUAGUCGUCAUCACCUCAACACAAUUCAUUAUAAUCACAUUAGAAAAUCAAAAGAGAAAAACACAGAAACAUUCGAAGAUAUUUGAUUAUCGACUUCUGAACUCAUUUAUUGUUAUUUUAUCUGAAAAAGAGGACAAUUGGAUCUUGGAAGUUUUUGAAGUCGUAAAUGGUAUACACUAUCUCCAGACAUAUUCAUCACCUGUUACAAGUUCUACAAAACCAUCUUUUGAGUUGGUUUCGAUAUCUCAAAGGGACUGGAUAUUUUUAUACCAGUCCAGUGCAAGAAUCGCCAAUUUAAUUCCAUUCAAUUCACAUAUUCCUUCUCUCCCAAAAAAUAUUCUGCUUUUCCAAAUCCCAAUAUGUUCCGAUGCGUACGUCGCGGUAAGUGGCGAUUUAUUAUUUGUAAUGACGUCUUCGGGGACUUCUGCUAUUUUCGAUGUUCUUGUGAAUUCCGUCACUCCUCUCAAAUUAUUCGACUUUGAUUAUUUACGUUUGUCUUCUUUUAAUUUAUUUUUAAUAAAAAUUAUUUUAUAUUUAUUCUAUAUUUAUUCUAUAGCAGUCAAAUGUAUUCGAGUCAACCAAAACCAAUUUGUCGAUCUUCACAAGAAUGAGUUAACUAUUUUAACGCCGGACUUUGUAUCUCUCUCGGAAUUAUUACAAUACAAAGAUCGAUAUUACUUUCUUCAAAAACACCACGUAUCUCCUUCUGUGUUAAAUGAAACUUUAACAAAGAUCUUUAAAGACUAUGAGAAAGGAAUAGUUUCAUUUCAAGAGUUCAGUCAAAUCAUUGGAGUCGUUGACCCCUCUGUGAUCGAGCCUAUAUUGAUUCAAUGGAAUCCAAAACCAUCUAUUUAUAUAUAUGUAAUGUAUGAAUAUAUCAAUGUACAUGUCAAAAACGUGAAGCCAUCGUUGUAUUGUAAAUUAAUAGAUGUGUUACUUCAGGACUACAAAGGAAUGCAACUCCUCGACUUGUUACAAUGUAACAUAUUCCCUGACGACGAACUGAUCGCUACUUUCUUACUUACCAAAAAGUCACAGUGCCACUUCUUCGCUCAAUUUGCAAUUGACAUGUUAAGGCGCCUCAAAGUCAACAACGACAAUCUCUUUAAGAUCAUUUGGAUGGAAGAGGGCGUCACUGAAGCUCUCAACUUCGCUAUCGAAAACAACGUAGAUCUUUCUAAAAAGGAAAAUUCAGUUAUAGUUCAAGACUAUGGCGAUGAAAAUUUAUGUUAUCAGCUUAAUCAAUAUCUUUCAGAGUGUAAUUUUAAUUAA